AUAAUUUUCUGUAGGUGCAUGAGUUGGGCUGACUCAUCCAGGAGGCAGCAGACAGCAGAGCAGGCCCACAGGAGAGGAGAUGGCCUCAGCCAGGACAGGAGGAGGCUGGAUCUUCCCUGUCGUGGCUCUACAUUGUUACAUCAGUUCAGUUGUUUGUUAAACCACACCUGGGAGGAAGGUGGCAAAGGCCACUCAUUGGGAUGUUUAAAAGUAGAUCAAGGAGUGGCUGAAAUCACUGGUGGGUGGUUUGAUUUUCCAUAUGAACAAGGGCCCGCGGAGCCGCCCCGCUGCUUCCAGCCGCGGACGUCAGGUCCGGCUGCGUUCCAUCAGAACUGCCCCCGACGAAACCUACCCCACCCCGGCUGGGCCGCGCCGUACCCCGCAGAGCUCACCGCUCAGCCGCUGCCGCCGCCCAGCGGCCCAGGCCGGGCCCUGCAGGCACUCAGCACGGGGCCCCCGGCCCGGCCUCCGGGUAUUGCCCGGCGCCUCAUCCGCUGCUCAUCCCAGGCCGUUAGGGUGUUGUUGAGCUUCAUUACGGUGACGUCGCAGAACAAUAACCGACUAGAACAAAAGAACAAAACGGCUUCCCCCCCCCCCCCCCCGCAUUUUCGGCACUUGCACUGCUGGCAAGAUUUCCUUCGUGAAGAAGGGGUGUCUGAUAGCAGAGCAGGGCUUACAGUCUCAAGGAAGGUUUUUAACCCAUGCACUGCAAUGAGACCUUCUCAAGAAUCCCAUCCUGUGAAUUCCUAAGGACCAAAGAUGGAUGCUUCUGGGAGCUGACCAGCCUCGAGCACAGCACUGUCUUGCUGCUCUUAAAUACAAUCCACUCUGCUGCUGCUACACAAAUGACCAACAGAGGGUUAAAAGACAUGACAAAAAUCAACUGCAGAGCUUACAAGGUAUUCAGAAUCUUGCACGGGGCACUGCUAAAGAUCACAACAGCAAAGAGGCAAGCUCAGCAGGCUGCAUUCUGAACUUGCUGCUUGGAAAUCAGGAUUUUUUCUGCAGCAUUUCUCAUUCUAGUCUGCACAUGUACUUCACCUACUGGGCACAUACUGCAUGUUGUUUCGCAGCCAAAGCCUCUCUUUUCCAUCUUGCCCACUCUCUUUGCUCUUCAUGAAAACACAUCGUCUUUUUAGACUAGGAGAACAUCACUUCUGUAAUAAUUUUCCCAACCAAAUUCAUUAUGCAUUUUUUUCCAUGAAGAUUUCAUGCUGUGUAAUACAUUUGUGAAUAAACUCUUCCCUUGGAACAUUAAAAUUAAACCAAGAAACUUACUGCUUACAUCAAAGCCAAUACAAAUAGGCCUCCACUGGGGACUGAAGUAAGCAGCUCUACAACCCAGAUCUUGGGAGGAAAGAGCACUGAGUUGAAACAGAAGUAUUCAGAAGUGCCAAAAGGGAAAGUAAUUCUUCUUUCAAAGAGCAGCUUUAUGUGUAGUCAGUAACACUUCCAAAAGAGUUGAGAAACUUUGUAAAAAGGCACUGUUGUACUUGGAAAAUAUGUAAAAGUUGUAUGAAGCAAAGAAGGAAGACAUUGAUAUGUUCAUUUUUGGGGUUUGUAAGUCAUGACCACUAGAGAUCCAGGCUUUUCUUUCUAAUUUCUAUUGCUCCUACUAAUUUUCUUCAUUAAAAUUUCCUAGAAUUUCAAGUGCCUCACUUUCUGUCUUUGCUAGGGAGCUUCGCAUGUACAUCCCAGAAUCUCACCUAAGACUAGCAAACGACUCUUGAACACGGUUUCCCAGAAUUUGGAAGGUGAAGCCCACAGUUUAUAUUUUUGAUGUCUCUGCACAUGUAAUGCUUCACAGCUCUGCUGAUGACCUUGUCAAACCUUCCUCCAGCCUUUCUUCAGAUCCUCUUUAUUUCAACAUGGUGUGUUAUAUUAAACCAGCAUUACAUUUUUUUUUAUCUUUAUCAUCUUCGUAUACAUACUGACAGCUUUGACAGUACUGAAACACUAUCAUUUUCAGCUUCUAUGUUUCUUUCCUACUCCUCUCUUUGCCACUUCUUCCCUAUUUACUUCAGUAUUCAGUGGACAUUUACACCUGGAAGUCAGGAACUGUGCUUCUAAAAUUUCUUCUCCCCUGACUCUUUUUUUUCCAUGGCUCCUUGCACACUGGGAAUGCAAAAGCUUUAACAUCUGUUGAAUAUUGAACCACAGGAGAUCCUUCUGGCUGUCACUUGGCUUGCUGAACCUCACACAUUUGAGAGUUCAAAUGCUGUUCUAGGCAAAUGUUCAGUCUCAAGGCUGUUUCAGAUGGAAUUAUUUUAAGCCAAUACAUACAGCUCACUAGAGGGUGUCCUGCUGGCGAGGAAGAAUUUACAUUUUGAGAAACUCAGAUUGAAUUGAUCAGACUCAUCUUCAGACUCCCUCCAGCAUCAGAUUUCUACCUCCUGACUUUGCUGACUUUUCCACUACUAGUUCAUCUUGCAAUCCUUCUGGCUCAACAGAUUAUUUUUCCUCCUUGAUGUUGCAUAUAUGCAACCUCACAUUCUCAUGCCCUGUUGAGUCACUCUUUACGUCCUUCCUUCCUCCUGCUUCUAUUUUCCAUGUUCAUGAUUUUCCUCUCCUUUUGGAGAAAAUGGACAAACAUCAUCAUAUUGGCUGUCAAGUGUACCUUGGCUUACAUUACUUUUGGCCUACUAAACGUUUGGUUUUAGUACCUGGCUGGAUACAUUUCAGGGUAUGAAUUACAAACACCCAUCCACUAGUGCAUAUCCAGGCUUCGUUCUGCUUUUCAGGAACUCCUGUUACGACAGAAUUAAAAUAAACAAGUAAAAGACCAAUGCGCCUUUACCACAUUUGCUCUAUCUAUCAAUCCAAAAAGCAAAAAAAAAAAGUAAUAAGAAACAGGUAGAAAUUUCUUCCCCCAGAUUCCUUCCUUCCUUCCUUCCUUCCUUCCUUCCUUCCUUCCUUCCU